UCACAACAAAACUCAGCCUGACGGAAACGAACUCAACGAUGAGCGAACGGAUUUAUCGGAUUUGUUGAUGUAUACGUUAUUUGGAAUCUGAACGAUAUUUUCGUACUGUUUACAGCGACUGUUUAAAAUGCGCGUCUUGGUUUCUUGUCAUUUUUGCGUGCCAGUUGUGAUCUAGUUAAUCGAUUUUAAACUUAACUUAGCAACGUUAGCUACGCAGCUAAACACUUUAACGUUAUAAAGCAUUUUUAAAGCGCAUGACACAUUAAACAGUUGCAAGCUGAUUGAUUUUUCGGAGUAUAUUCAGUUUUCCGGAUGAACAGGAGGUUACGGUGAUAAACUAGAUGCAGAUGACAAGGGAGAUACGGGGAAGUUUUCUGAGAACUUAUUACAUUUUCGACGUGUUUUGUUGUUGAGCAGAACAGUCGUUUUAUCAGUGACACAAAUUACAUUUCACACGCUCAGGUCCAAAUAUGUCAAUCUUUUUUUGAGUUCAUUGUUAAUAGACAUGUUAUUUUAGUUUUUUUAUGAUGAUUAUUUUAAGCCACAACGUAAACAAUGCAGUUUAAUAACGUUCAUCUUUUUUACAAAUCGUAAUGCAAGAUCCAAUUCCACCUUCCCCUAUAAAAAAAGCAGUGGCCCCAUCAGUUGAACUGGGUGUCACCGUUUUUUACACCCUUCUUUAUGGGGGUCUGUUUGUAGUUGUAUACAUCCAGCUUUGGUUACUUUUACUCUAUAGACACAAGCGAUGGAGCUACCAGAGCGUUUUUCUUUUCCUCUGCCUGUUCUGGGCAGGCCUCCGCGCAACCCUCUUCUCAUUUUAUUUUCGUGAUGCCCUUGCGGCCAACCACCUGCCCACUCCGGCCUACUGGCUUCUCUAUUGUUUCCCUGUGUGUUUGCAGUUUUUCACUUUAAGCCUAUUCAACCUCUACUUCACUCAGGAAUUGCUUAAAGUUAGAAGCUUAUUCAACAUGGAGCCCAGUAAAGGACUAUUGGUGGCUCGCUGUUUGUACAUAUCCAUGAGUGCCAUCUUCCUGUGUGUCAACGUGAUUUGUGCGAGCCUCGAGGAGCGUGGAGGUUCAGGGGAUAAAGCGUGGAAUCUGGUGCUGGUUCGGGUGCUGGUGAACGACCUUCUGUUUAUUUUGGAAGCUGUUUGCCUGGCUGCAUCUCUGCUCCUGUUGACACGAUUCUCCUUCUCCACUAUGCCUUAUCUAAGCCUAAAGGGGCUUUGCCGGACCGCAGUUCUGGGGGCAGGCGUGAUCUUACUCUUCUCUAGCAGGGCAUGCUACAACCUGGCAGCGGUGUUUUUGUCACAGAAUCAUAAAGUAGAGGCUUUUGAUUAUGACUGGUACAACAUCUCUGAUCAGGCUGAUCUUCGCAGUGAACUUGGAGAUAGAGGCUACAUUAUCUUCGGAGCUGUGCUUUUCAUUUGGGAGCUGCUACCCACCACAUUACUUAUUAUUAUCUUCAGAGUUCGCCAGCCUUCUCGAGAAAAGAACUGCACACCAGCUAUUUGCAACAAGCGUAACUCUCGAUCUUAUUUCUUUGAUGAUCCUCGCGGAAUGGAUGGUGACAGCGAUUCUCUCUGGAGUCACAGCAUAAAUCCAAAUAACAGCUGGUUUGGAUCUAGUGAGACGACCCCACUCCUCUUCAACAGGACGGAGCAGGGCAACCAGCAUCACUCUCUUUACUCAACUCCACAGACCUGACCCACAGCUCAAAGCUGCAGAGAUGUGACUCUGAU